UUCCCGCCCAGCUGCACGUCGACCAAGAUGAGUUCAGACGAGUCCAGCGAUGGAUUGGAGGAGUUGCGGAGCCUGAAGGCGCUAUACGGCGAGCAGGAACAAGAAAAACCGGAAAAGAUCAAAAGGGAACGCUUUAUUCCAAAGGCCUCGCAGGCCAAGGAUCUCAACUAUGUGGAGGUGCCAAUGGAAAAGGUGCUCUUUGGCGACCGACAGCGACUGCUUACUAAUCUAGCCAAGUCCGUGGGUCUCAAGUUGCCGAACGACGACGAGGACGAGCAGGAUAAAAAUGCGGACCAGUCAAAGCCAGGAGACAAGCGGAAAGCCGCCUGGUCGGAUUCCGAUGACGAAGACCUGCAGGUGGGCGAUGUCAAAAAGGCCACAAAGCACACGGGUCCACUGAACCACCUGCGCAAGGAUAAAUCGUACAAGGAGUACCUCACGGCGCGUUUCCAGCGCACGCUGAACCAACCCAAGUGGGCGGAGAAGAAGGUGAAAAACGAGGACGACGAGGACGCAUCCUCCGACGAAGAACUGCUGCAGACUGUAGGCUUCAUCGAUCGCAAAGCCCGGAGCAGUAGUCUGCCCCAGAAGACUCUAAACUUCAAACGGGUCAAAGACCUGAACAGAGCCACAUAUGCCGAGGGUAAUGCCACCAACGUUCAGUUUCAUCCAACCAGUACUGCUGCUCUAGUGUCGGGCAUGAACGGCAUAGCCACCAUCUACGCUGUGGACGGACAAAAGAACGAAAAAUUGCACAAUAUGCGCUUCAAGAAGUUCCCGCUGGCCUGCACCCGUAUUGCUCCCUGCGGCACAAGGGCGUACUUUGGUUCCGAUAAAUCAUUCUACUACUCAUACGACUUGCUGGAAGCCAAGGAAUCCAGGCGGAAGCUGCCGGGCGACAUCCCGUUCAUGCACCGCUUUGAGCUUUCUCCAUGUGGACAAUUUAUCGUCACUGCUGGCAGGUAUGGUGCCAUUCAUUUGUUCACGGCCAAAACAAAUGAGUUGCUGCACACCUUCAAGCAGGAGGGCAAGGUUAAGAGAUUCGCUUGGUCUGCUGACUCCAAGCGGAUCCUCGUCUGCGGUUCCACUUGCAAUGUUACCGUGCUCAAUCUGCGCCAGAACCUCGUCGAGCACAUCUUUAUGGACGACGGCUGUAUAUAUGGAGAGUCAAUUCAACUGUCUCCCAACCAACGCCUUCUGGCCACAGGCAGCCAAGAGGGCGUGGUCAACAUCUACGACUACGAGAGCGUGUUCGCAUCCAAGUCCCCACAACCCGAGAAGCGCUUCAUGAACUUGCAGACUGCCAUCACGGAUCUGCAGUUUAAUCACACUUCCGAGCUGCUAGCGAUGUCCUCCAGUCAGGCACCGAAUGCUGUUAAGCUGGCCCAUUUCCCCAGCGCCACUGUGUACUCCAAUUUCCCGGUACAGCACGAGAAAGUUGGCUCUGUGACCUCCAUGGCCUUCUCGCCGCACAGCAGCUUCCUGGCCUUUACCACUAAGGGCAAAGAGGUGCCGCUCUUUAGGCUUAAGUACUUCAAGGGUUAUUAAUUGAAGGCGAUAUGAUGUUUAUAAUAAAUUCUUAUAUAAAAAACGAA